AUAUGCAACCACUACUGAGCACACACAGAACAAACCGGUCCAAUGGCCAAGUUUUACCACCUCCUGGUCGCCGUCGUCGCCGCCCUCGCGUGCUCCGGGGCGCAGGCUCAGCGGAGGGCGCCGUCGCCGUCGCCGUCGCCGUCGCCGUCGCUGCGGCCUUCGCUGCCGCCGUCGCCGUCGCUACGCCCUUCGCCGCCGCCGUCGAUGUCGCUGCCGCCGUCGACGUCGCCGCCGCCGGGCCCGGACUGCAUGUCCGCAUUCUUAAACUUGACGGGGUGCUUGCCUUACGUGACGCAGGGGAGCAACGAUACGACCCCGGGGUCGGAGUGCUGCCAGGAGCUGGCCGGCACCUACGACUCCUACCCCAUCUGCCUCUGCGUGCUCCUCGCAGGCGGCGCCAGCAGCCUGGGCAUUCCCAUCGACGACGGCAGGGCCCUCAGGCUCCCCUCCCUCUGCCACCUCGACGACCUCUCUCCCGAUCUGUGUACAGAAAUAGGAAUUCCAAUUCCAAGUCCAUCGUCUUUUGGGCCUUCUCCUGGACCCGGUCUAAGUCCAUCGCUCUUGGGGCCUUCUCCUGGAUCCGGUCCAAGGUUGCCCGGGUCGACAGCUGCACCGCCGGCGGUCAAUUUUGCCAUGAAAACCAGCAGCUCAGUCAAUCUCUUCGUGCUUGUGGGUCUAUCUGUCAUCGCCUUUAUUAUCGAGAUCUUUUAAGAUUCAGAGAAUUCAAUUCCUAGUCCUUGUGGUUGUUUAAUUUCUUUUCGUUCUCAUGUCGCGGCUAUAUAUAUCACAAUUCAUGAAUUAGAUUAUGUAAUGGAUGAUCCAUUUGCUCCAAUUAAUUUAAUUGUUCAGUCUCUGAAUUAGCUUA